AAGCAAGUGUACGAGACAAGUUUCUAUCCCCUUCCUUCCUCCUCUCUUCUUGCACAAUAAAACCCGCGUCUCUCUCUCUCUCUCUCACUCUUACUCUCACUCACUUUCCCUCCAAAUCUCUUCGUUUUCCCUCCUCACUCUGUUCCGCAUUUCCACCCUCUCUCUCUCUCUCUCUCUCACACACACACACACACACACACACAUUCUCCGUCACUUCACUUCUAUUCCCAAACCCUAUAUAGUCCCUUCUUCUUCAUUGUCCAAAACAAAAUGGUCCAAACCAGAACAACAACCCCUAAGCCCUCGAAACCCGAAGCCAUUCACCCCCUCACCCCCUCCCAAACUCACGAACCUUCUUCCUCCGCCUCCGCCUCUCUACCCCUCCGCCGCCACAGCCUCCGCCUCGCCCCCGCUAGGGUUUCCACCGCCAACCGGAACCCAACCGGCUACCAGCGUGAGGGCUUUCUCAACCUAAGAUCGGGAAAGAAGAUUCUCAAGAGAACAAUGACAAAAGCGGAAAACUCAGUAGAAAAGAAUGAGGACGUGGCAGUGGCGGUUGACGGUAAUGUGGUAACGCCAGAAUCCAAAGCGGAGAACUCAUGCGUCAAUGUCUUCAACAUUAUAGCAGAUGAUUCUGACUCCGACAACGGCCACGAUGCAAUCCCUGAUUUCGCCGUUAGGGUUUCCACUGGCAACCUCAAGCGCAGGAGCGACUCUGCCGGUUCCCAACGUGAGGACUUUCUCUGCUUAAGAUCGAGAAAGAAUUUAGAAGAACAGGGUAAUGAUAAGGCAAAUGAAGAUGACUCAGUGAAGAUAAAUGAUGACGUGGCUGCGGCGGUUGUUGAUUGCGAUGUGAUAACACCGGAAUCCAAAGCGGAAAACUCAGGAUUCAAUUUAAACCUUAUAGCAGUUAACUCUGACUCCGACUCCGCUUUUAGGGUUUCCACCGGCAACCGGAAGCGCAAGAUUCACUCAACCGGUUCCGGAUGCGAGGGUUUUCUCAACAAAAGACCGGGGAAGAAGGCUGUCAAGAGAGCAAUGACAAACGAUUCAGAAGAACAAAGCAAUAAUAACGCAAAUGAUGAUGAUGAUAAUGACGUGGCGGUGGCGGUUGAUGAAAAUGUGAUGAUGCCAGAGAACACUGGUGGUGCAAACGUUGUAGCGGAUAAUAGUGUACCUUUGCGUGUUCGAGAACGUCCUAGAAAUUCCAAUGCAAGAGAGCGUGGUUCCGGUUAUGGGAGGAACGAUUACAUGGAACGCUUCCACGACAUAGCCCGGGAAAACGCGUCGCGGUUUGCUUUCUUUGCACCGGAAGAGGAGGACCAUGACCGGUCACCGCCGGUGGAACCGGAGCGUGACGAAAUCGAGGAUUGGCCCGGUCCUUUCUCCACAGCUAUGAAAAUCAUCAGAGACCGAGGGUCGAAACUGCAAAACGCUGAAGCGAGUUCGCAAGCGAGCUUGUGUGAGUCUAUUAAGUGGGUUCCUAAUGCGAAGAGAGGGAAUGCAGGUGUUAAUGUUUCGGUUCCGUCGUUGCAAGAGAUGUGCCUUAAGAUUCUGGUGAAGAAUGUUGAUGCUAUUGCUUCGCUUGAGAGUGUGCCUGAUGCCCUGAGGCACCGGCUUAGCCAGUUGCUCUGUGACUCGAGGAGAAUUAACGGCCACUUUCUCGAGCUUCUUGUGCGUGGAACGCCCACUGAGAUUCGAUUGAGAGAUUGCUCGUGGUUAACGGAGGAACAGUUUACCGAGUGUUUUCGAACGUGUGACACGGAAAAUUUGGUGGUACUGCAACUUGACCAGUGUGGGCGCUGUUUGCCUGAUUAUGUAGUAGUUUCUACUUUGGCACAGUCGCCAAGGCAUUUAUCUAGUUUAUCUACUCUAUCCCUCAGUGGUGCAUGCCGACUUUCAGAUGGAGGUUUGCGUGCACUUGUUUCUUCUGCUCCGGCACUUAGAUCCAUAAAUCUCAGCCAGUGUUCCCUUCUCACAUCUUCUAGUGUAUAUAUUUUGGCUGAAUCAUUAAAAUCUCUUCUGAAAGAGUUGUACCUUGAUGAUUGCCAAGGCAUUGAUGCUGCACUAAUUGUGCCAGCACUAAUUGAGCUUGAACAUUUAGAAGUGUUGUCAGUAGCUGGCAUUCAAACGGUUUGUGAUGAAUUUGUCAAGAACUACAUUGUUGCUCGUGGACAAAACAUGAAAGAGCUUGUUUUGAAGGACUGUAUAAACUUGACUGAUGCAUCAAUCAAAGCCAUUGUUGAGCACUGUCCAGGAUUAUGUGUGCUUGAUCUUAUGAACCUGCACAAAUUAACAGAUUUAUCUAUAGGACAUCUUGCAAAUGGUUGUCGUGCACUUCAUACACUGAAACUUUGCCGUAACCCAUUCAGUGAUGAAGCAAUUGCUGCAUUUGUGGAGACCACCGGAGGGUCCUUAAAAGAAUUGUCACUUAACAACAUUAAGAAGGUUGGUUACCACACAACCUUAUCACUUGCAAACCAUGCAAAAAAUUUGCAUUCUCUAGAUUUAUCUUGGUGCAGAAAUUUGACAGACAAUGCACUGGGUUUGAUUGUGGAUAGCUGUUUGGCACUGAGGUCACUUAAACUUUUUGGAUGCAGUCAGGUAACAGAUGCUUUUCUCAAUGGCCACUCAAACCUUCAGAUCCAGAUAAUUGGUUUGAAAAUGUCUCCUGUGUUGGAACAUGUCAAAGUGCCAGAUCCUCAUCAAGGUGCUUUGAAUUAUUCAUCAGUCUCCGUAGAUUUGGUAUAAAUUAGGAUCGGAAUCUAAAUUUGUAGCGGCAUUUUGCAUAACUAUGUCUACGAAGAUAUUUCCAGUAAUCCCAGAUCAGACGAAAACCUUCUCUGCUAACAUGGCCUUUAAUUGGAAGGGGUUUUGACUGUUGUCUGAGUUGCCCGUUCUGUGAUGCCUGUUGAAGGAAUCUUAACUGUAUUACAUUUUCCUUUACAAACAUUAAUAUAUGUACUAACUAUUUUUCAGCCUUAAUAUAAAAAGAAAAUAUAUCCAGCCUUACUAUUUUAUCAUCUAUUGUGUACCGAGCAUCAGACUACACCAAAGUAUUUCGUUGUGGCAAUUCAAUUGAUUGCAAUCAAAUUUUCGUAAUGGUAUGUAUUCAGGCAUUCUCUAGUAUUAAUUUAUUUUAGAAUAUGAUACAAGCGAU